AUGAACUGCGAAAAACAACAGCCGUUAGCUAAGUAUAAUAUUGGGAGUUUGGAAGGUGAGACAAUAGCAGAGAGAAAAUGCCCAAGUGGAUUCUCAUUCAAGUCCAUUUUGUUACAUGGACAUUAUAGAGACCUAACUUUGGCGAAAAGCGGAUUCAUACCAGAUCUUAGGUCGCAUGUACCCGAACUUCGCAGUAUGGAAAUAUUUGACGAUGACGUUCUGAUUCAUGCAUUCCCUAAAUGUGGGACUCACUGGGUUUGGGAAAUGAUUACAAUGCUGCACAAAGGGAAAGCUGAAUAUGAAAAACGUCCAAAAGAAGUCGCCAUGUUGGAAUUUCAUUCUGUGGACAAGUUCUGUGGAGACAAAAGGCCUAGAGUUUUCAAUACACACCUUUUUCCCAAUCAAGUACCAACAGCAUUUUUGGAAGGGAAAGGAAAGAGCUUAUUUUUGCUACGAAAUCCCAAAGAUGUUUCCGUGUCAUUCUAUCACCACAUAGUGAAGUCCAAACUAUCCAUUUCAUGGAUGAGCUGGGAUGAUUAUGUGUACUUAGUGAUUAAUUAUGGAGGAACCUUCUCUGAUUGGUACGAGUACACCACAGAAUGGGAAAAAGAAAUAAAUAUGAAAAAGACGAAUUACCUAUGUAUAUACUACGAGGAAAUGCUGAAGAAUCCUCUUGCAACGCUCAAGUCUAUUGCCAAACAUCUUGGAAUUCCGUGUUCAGAAACCUUAGCGGAGGAAAUUGUUCACAAAUGUAAACUUGAAAACAUGAGAUCUGCCAAUAAAGAUAAAUAUGACGACAGGAACGAGAGUGGUCCAAACCCAGAAAUGCACGAUCCAGACACACUGUACAGAAAAGGAGAAGUGGGGGACUGGAAGAACCAUUUUACCGUGGCACAGAACGAGGAAUUUGAUAAAGUUUAUCAGAAGAAAAUGAAGGAUUCGUCAUUUCAUUUCAUCUUUAAAUAA